AGAAAGCGUGAGGAGCGGCGAGUGGGGGGCAAAACAGCCCCCUCUCCAUGGAAACUGGCUCAGCCUUCAGCCAGAAGCCCGUCUUGGGAAGGCAGGGUUUGGUCCGCCUGAAAGAACAUGACUGGAAGUUUGGAGGAAAAGUUGCAGAUUUUACCGGCAAACUGAGGCGGUUUGGAGAGGCUCUGCUGAGAGAACUCGUGUACGUGUGAGAAACAGCUGGACAGAAUGGCUUGGACAGCAGUGGACUUCACUGAGAGUGGACAGUCUGAGAGAGGAGAUGACUGCCAACAAGAGCUCCAAGGCUGUGUCCAGUUCAGGAGGGGCUAAAAGCCCACAGGAGGUCCCCGACAGGUCUCAGUCCGUGUCCCCACCUCCUAUUCUUUCUGCUGUAAAAGAGUCAUGUCAGUCUCAGCUUAGUGACACAGAGGACACCAGUCAGAAGGGCAGAGUUGCUAAAGCUGACACAAAGCUCCGAUCUCAGAGAAACUGGAGCUAUAAGACAGCUAGCUUGCGCCCUGGCUCCACAUUGUCUAGUGAGUUUGAAUCCAAAAGCAGACUUACCAAGGCUAAGAGCAUCGGCUAUCUGGAUAAGAAGCUCAGUAUCUACAAGCCAUCUGUUGGAGGAGACCAGGAGCAGAAGGAGAACCAACCACAGGAAGGAUCUCCAGCUGGCGAUGGACUGUGUCCCGGACCUCUCAGCUGGAGUACCCUCUCCUUAGCAUCCUCCACCAACCACGGCCAAAAGCGCACCCUCUCACUCAGCCAUACUGGGAGCAGUGCCUCGUCUGCUGCUAUCCGCAAGAAGAUCUCAGAUUGGGAAUGCCGUAAGGUGGCUCAGCCUAGGAUGAGUCUUUGCUUGGAGAAGAGGCCUGGUGGUGGAAGCGAAGGCUGCCCCAGCCUCUUGUCCUCUCCUUGCAGCGAAAAGACUUUUGACUUCAAGGGCAUGCGGAGGAUGAGCACAGCAUUCUCUGAAUGCUCCUACCCAGAGACAGAGGAGGAGGAAGGGGCUUCAGAUCGAGAGUGCAUCAGACAGUUCCAGAAAAGAGAACGAGAGAAGAGACCCACAAAGGCAGAGUCAUCAGCGCUCUUUCUCCGUAGUCUUUCUGCUCGCAAGGAGACCUCCGCUGUACUAAACCGGAUACAGAAGAUUGAGCAAGCCUUGAAGGAAAGUCCUUCCCCUGCUCCACCAUCAUAUCUCAGCAACUGCUAUGGCCUGGACAAAUCACGGAAAUCUUUCACUAUUGCUGGAAUAGAGGACUUGGACAGCACUUGUGGAAGCAAGCGGAGCAGCAUCUGCUCUGUUGCCACUGAGCCAGAUACUUGCCCUGGGUCGGAAAAGAAACUCUCAAAGUUCAGGCAGAGGUUCAGCGUGAGCUCCAUUAGGUCUGAGAGCCUGGAGCCUCCUUCUGCACAGGACCCACCAGGCACCCCUGUCAAUCCCCUGCCUAAACCUAAGCGCACCUUUGAAUAUGAUGCUAAUCGGAACCUCAAGGACUCUUUGCCUAGCAAUGGAUUACCUCUCAACUCUGAGACCACAACCCCCACAAUAACACGCCACCUAAAAGCAGAUGGAAUCUCAGCCAAAAGGUCUCAGGACAGAGAAUCAUGUGAAUCCGAAGAUGCUGCCAGCCUGCCCUCCUCCUACCCCUCCUCGCCCACAGAAAAUGGCACAGCCUCCACAGAGAACCACAGUCGCCCCAGCUCCAAAAGCACAUUAGAGGAGAACGCCUAUGAAGAUAUCAUAGAGUCUAUGAAAGAGAAUCCGUACGAGGAUGUGGAUCUGAAGGGGAGAGGUGCAGGCCGCAAGUCCCGGCUGUUACCCGAGAGGUCUAACGACUCACUCAGCAGGAUAUGGACCUCCCAGGACAGGAAGUUCGCUACACCUCCCCAGCUCCCUUCUAAGCCAAGCACUCAGUCAUUGCGGCUCCCGGGCCCUGCUGACAGGAAGAGCCACCGCUUGUCCCGCUUGUCUAAGAGGCACAGUCACGAUGACAUGUUGCUGCUUCCCCAGCUGGGCAUGGCCUCACCCUCUUGUGGGCUGCUGGAUGACAGCCUGAGCAGUGCCAGUGACACGCUGGCCUCCCGCAGAAAGAGACGGAUUCCCAAGGUGGUGCAGAGAAUAAACUCUAUCUACUGUACAAAAAGAGGCAAGAAGAGACUAAAGAAGCUCUCGCUCAACAAUAUAGAGACUGCAUCUCUAAGAGAUGACAACAGUGAGAGUGAGAGUGACUCUGAUGACAGGUUCAAAGCUCACACUCAGAGGCUGCUGAAGUUACAGUCCAUACUACGUCGGGCACCCAGCUAUCGCACGCUGGAGCUCCAGCUUAUCGAGUGGCAGGAGCGGGAGCUGUUUGAGUACUUUGUGGUUGUAUCAUUGAAGAAGAAGCCCACUAAGAACUCGUACAUCCCAGAGGUCACCUACCAGUUCCCCAAGCUAGAGAGGCCCACCAAGCAGAUGAGAGAAGCCGAGCAACGGCUCAAAGCCAUUCCCCAGUUUUGCUUCCCAGACGCAAAGGACUGGAGCCCCGUGUCUGAGUACAGCAGUGAGACGUUCUCCUUCAUGCUGACUGGAGAAGAUGGCAGCCGGCGCUUUGGGUACUGCAGGCGGCUCCUGCCAAGCGGGAAAGGACCUCGCCUUCCAGAAGUGUAUUGUGUCAUCAGCAGGCUGGGAUGUUUCGACCUGUUCUCCAAGAUCCUGGAUGAAGUGGAGAGGAGGAGAGGGAUCUCAGCAGCGCUGGUCUACCCCUUCAUGCGCAGUCUGAUGGAGUCUCCAUUCCCAGCCCCUGGCAAAACGAUCAAAGUUAAAACCUUCCUGCCUGGUGCAGGUAACGAGGUGAUAGAGUUAAGGAGGCCUACAGACUCCAGGCUGGAGCAUGUGGAUUUCGAAAGCCUCUUCAGCUGUCUGAGUGUGAGACAAGUGGUACGUGUCUUCGCCUCACUGCUGCUGGAGCGCAGGGUCAUCUUUGUGGCCGAUAAGCUCAGCACCCUGUCUAGCUGUGUGCAUGCGGUGGUGGCCCUGCUGUACCCCUUCUCCUGGCAGCAUACCUUCAUCCCCGUGCUGCCCACCUCAAUGGUGGACAUUGUCUGCUGCCCCACUCCCUUCCUUGUGGGCAUCUUGUCCAGCUCGCUGCCCAAACUUAAGGAACUGCCAGUGGAGGAGGCCCUGAUGGUUGAUCUGGGAACAGACAAGUUCAUUAGACAGCUGGACGAUGAGGCCUCCCUCCUACCACGCAAGCUACAAGCUGCUCUGGAGCAGGCCCUGGAGCAGAGGAACGACAUCAUCAAUCAAGACUCUGACAGCGAGUCAGAUGAUGAGUGCAAUUCCUUGAACAGCGUGGUGUCAGAGGCCUUCAUCCGCUUCUUCCUGGAGACCAUCGGCCACUACUCUCUGUUCCUGACCCAGGGUGAGAGAGGGGAGCGCAUUUUCCAGCGUGAAGCUUUCCGCAAGUCUGUGGCCUCCAAGAGCGUUCGACGCUUCCUGGGUGUUUUCAUGGAGUCACAGAUGUUUGCCGGGUUCAUUCAGGACCGAGAGCUGAGGAAGUGCAGGGCCAAAGGUCUGUUUGAGCAGAGAGUAGAGCAGUACCUGGAGGAGUUACCAGAUACAGAGCAGAGUGGAGUGAACAAGUUUCUGAAAGGACUCGGGAAGCUUCUCCAUAAAAAGAACUGAUGGAACAUGGAACCAAAAAUUAAGGACAUUUGUACAUCACCCGAUGGCAAAUCACUGCGUUUGAAGGCCUAACACAACUCAUACAUCUGAAGAUGCAUCAGUUGGAUUGACUUGAGUAAUUAAAUCUAUUGUAUAUAUUUAUAAUAGUGCCUGUGAUCCUCAUACGUAGUUCUGUUGUAAAGUUUUGUGGUACAUUGUUUAUGAGUAGAAUAACGCUAGAAUGGUACUGCGUGGAGGAACGGUGAUAUAGGUACAGCAGUAGCUUUCAACUCAAAAGUACAUGUACCAAAUGUGGUUGGAUGAUAAAUGGCAACUAAUGUGAGGUGGAUGUACAGUUUCUCUGUAGUAUUUAACGCUAGAUGUUGCUCAGUGCAUUGCGUUUUGUACAUGUAUUAACACUUGAAGAGUAUAAUUACCAUACUUGCAAUGCUUUAUAAAAAAAAAAAAAUCAAUAAAGCUUUUCAGAUUAUU